AUGCCCCCUGGCCGGGGAGAUGUCAUGCACGACCAGUCGUACUACUUCGAUCAGGUGAUGCAGCGGUACAAGAACACGAUUACUGGUCAGUAUUACGGUCACAAGUACAAGGACGAAUUUGCCGUUGGGUAUUCGAAUUACAACGAUCUGACCGUAGGCAAUGCAGUUAGUGUCGCGAUGAUAGGGCCCGCGCUCACCCCAAUGAGUAUGCUUGAGCCCACAGUUCCUGGAUGA